UUGGUGCUUAGGUUUUUCACAGUUAAAUCUGAGCAACCAUGAAAAGUUUAUUUUGUUUUACUUUGUUGGCGUUUUUGCUUCACGCAACAACAGCAACGUACCACACCAAAUAUUUUGAACAAUUUGUCGACCAUUUCAACUUCCAAAGCAACGGCAAUGCUACAUAUAUGCAAAGAUAUCUUAUAUCCGAUGAACACUGGGUGGCGGGAAAGGGUCCGAUGUUAUUCUACGCUGGCAACGAAGGUGACAUCGUUGGUUUCAAAGAUGCUUCAGGGUUGUUGACGGAGACGGCUCCGAAACUUGGGGCGAUGGUGGUGUUCGCUGAACAUAGAUUCUACGGGACUUCUCUUCCAUUCGGUAACGAUUCGUUCAUCGAUAAAAAUAUUGGUUUACUGUCAAUUGAACAAGCCAUGGCCGAUUAUGCUUAUUUAUUAAAACAUCUCAAGUCGUCAUAUAAUGCUGACGAUAUUCCAAUCAUUGCAUUUGGUGGGAGUUAUGGAGGUAUUCUCGCAGCUUACAUGAGGAUCAAAUACCCCAACCUUAUAACAGGAGCUCUCGCAGCUAGCGCCCCCAUAUAUUGGACAUCUGGGGAGGGUAACCCCCAUGGCUUCUGGAAGUCCGUCACCACCAUAUUUGGGCACAACGAGGGUUGCGUGAACCGGGUGAAGGAAGGAUUUGCUGAAACUGCAAAGUACGCACAACAGGGCAAGUAUGAUGUCAUCAGCAAAGGGUUCAAGACAUGCAGUCAAGUGAAAAGUUCAUCGUUAAUGCAUUUAUAUGGCUGGGUGCGUAACUCAUUCACACAACUAGCAAUGGCCAACUAUCCUUACCCAGCAAACUUCUUUGGACCCCUGCCAGCUUUUCCUGUUAAUGUUGCUUGUGAGAAAAUGUUGAAAGCAAACACAGCCAUUGAAGGAAUGUUGGAAGCAACCUCGUUGUUGUAUAACGGGACAGGGGAUAAAGAUUGCUUCGAUAUCUAUGAGGAAUAUAUUGAGUGUUCGGAUCCUACUGGGUGUUCGUUGGGUUUAGCUGCAAGGUCGUGGGAUUAUCAGGGUUGCACUGAGAUUGUCCUCCCAGGUGGAAGCACUAACAUUACCGAUAUGUUCCCUGCCAUUCCAUUUACACCAGAAAUAAGGAAGAAGUAUUGCGAGACACACCAACGUGUUACACCACGUCGGAAUUGGUUGGCACUUAAUUUCUGGACAGACAACUUGAAACUUUCGUCGAACAUUAUUUUCUCGAACGGUGACCUUGACCCUUGGAAGGAUGGCGGAAUAUUACACGACCUUUCACCCACUGUGGUCGCUCUCCUGGUGAAGGGUGGGGCUCACCAUUUAGACCUCAGAGGUUCCAACCCACAAGACCCUCCUUCUGUUAUUGAAGUUCGUAAACAUGAAGUGGAAAUCAUCUCGGGGUGGAUUGCGCAACACUGGGAAAAAAUAUUGGGAAACACUGGCCAGUUUAAAAAAUUCUCAAAAAAACAAACUGCUUCAGCAGUUCGAAAAAUUAGAUGGAAUAAUUAGUUGAUUAAAUUAGAUUGAUUGGUUUGAGAUUGUAGUUUUAAUAAUGGGUGUUCAGUGCAAUUUCAAUUUCAUAUAUGAUCUCUAUAAUAGCUAAUCUGAAUAACUUUGUGGUAAUUAUUGAUGUUGCCACACUUGGUGCACUUACAUAAUAUUGCAAGGUUGAUACAAAUACUACACAGAUAAACAAAACUCCUGUGGCAACUUAUUUUGCGUAAUAACAUUUUCCAUGUCUUCACUUGAUAAAGGCGACCUAAACAGAAUGUUAAAAUGUUGGUGCGAAAGUAAUUUGCCAAAGGAGUUUUAUAAUAUUUAUAAUGUGUCAGUUUAUAAACGGAUGUUUUUUAGAGAUUGUUAAGAUUUUCUUCAAUAAAGGAUCCCUAUUGCCCCUGAAAUUGACCUCAAAAUCUGUGGCACCAAAAUACCGUGGCCUGUAAUUCAAAUUCCAAGGCAUUGACAAGCCACACGAUUUCUCAACCUUGAAUGCCACGGACCUAAACUCAGCGAAACGUCACAGUAAGUUUCGUGAGCCACCCAUUGCCCACUGUAUAAGGCCUAUAAUUCUCCACCCCCAUUUGUAUUGACAUCAAUCAGUGGCAUGCGAGUACCGUGGCAUGCGAGUACCGUGGCAUUGAAGCCACAAGAUUUUACCACAGUUUCUAUUCAAACCGUAAAAUAAAGACUUUUGAUUGAUUGCUUUCAGCUAAUCUUCACUGUACUAAUAUUCACCGCUGUUUUAUUGUUAUUGGUUGCUUUAAAUUUCCACUGCAUAAUAUCUUUUGUCAGUGUUUGUGAUGUAAUAAAGAUUAAUGGAAACACUGGGU